AGCCGUCAAAUUGAUUCGCCGAUUUGCCGAAACCACUUAUCUCUCAGUCAAUUUCUUCUUCUUCUCAUGGCGAAUCCGGCGGAUAAACCCGACCCGAAUCUUUCGACCCACAAUCUCGAACCUGAAGAUGAAGAAAGAGAAGAACUCGAAGACAUUAACGGUGACGGAGAAGAAGAGGAAGAGUACGAGGGAGAAGACGAUGACAACUCUUUAGCGUCGAAACCUCAAACGCGUGAAGAUGCUGCUGCGACUAGGAGCAGGGCGGAGUCUCUGUUCCGUCGUAUGGGAGCAGCUCCUGUUCCGGUGCGUGUUCACGACGUGAUCGUCAAUGGAAACGAGAAGACGAAGGACCACGUGAUCGAGGCGGAGGUGGGUGUUGUGAGGCAAGCAACCACUUUGCAAGAGCUUAUCAAAGCCUCUAAGAUUGCCAAUUACAAUCUCGAAGCGCUUGAUAUCUUCGAUUCAGUCAAGAUUACACUCGAUCGUGGCCCUCCCGAGCUUCCUGGUACCACCAAUGUGGUAAUCAAUGUUGUCGAGACCGAAAGCCCUCUCACCGCCCAACUCGGAGCCGUAACUAAAGCAGAGGCUAGAUCAUCAGUCCUUGAAGGCUCUUUGAAGUACAAGAAUAUUUUUGGCUAUGGAGAUAUCUGGGACGGGUCUCUUGCCUAUGGCUGUGACAACUCUGCAGAGGUUGGCUUGGGGAUGUAUUUGCCAAGGUUCAGAGGGCGUCCUACACCAUUUACGUCGCGUGUUUACCUCUCUACACAAGAUUGGCUUAAGUUUUCCUCUUAUAAAGAACGAACUCUUGGUCUUUCCCUCGGGCUUGUCUCAAGCAAGUAUCAUGAUCUGGCCUAUACUAUUGCAUGGCGUAACCUGAUAGAUCCAUCGCAAAUGGCAUCAAGAUCAAUAAGGAGACAGCUAGGGCAUAAUUUGGUCUCUGCUCUCAAGUACACUUUCAGAGUUGACCAGAGAAACUCAUCCUUCAGGCCAACACGAGGGUACUCUUUCAUCUCCACUUCUCAAAUUGGUGGUCUUGCGCCUGAUAGUCGAACACUUCGGUUCUUGCGCCAGGAGAUGGAUCUUCGUUAUGCUGUUCCACUCGGGUAUUACCGUGCUGCUCUGAACUUUGGGGUAUCUGGGGGAAUCACAUUUCCAUGGGGAAGCGGAUACAAGAGCAGAGCGUCUUAUGUGCCGGAGAGGUUCUUCUUGGGUGGAAACAUAUCACCUGUGUGUUCUUUGGGGGGACCUUCUGCGUUAUGGGGAUUUAAGACCAGGGGAUUGGGUCCUAAUGAGCCAAGGAGGGAAGUACAAGACGAUCAGAGUGGUGACACAUAUGAGAGGGAUUUCGUGGGAGGGGAUGUUGCGGUCACUGCGUUUGCAGACCUUUCUUUUGAUUUCCCUUUGAAAUGGUUCAGAGACAGAGGAAUCCACGGGCAUGUGUUUGCAUGUACAGGCAAUAUGGCGGAGUUAUCAGAGAACAAGUAUCGGAACUUCACUGCUCCAAAGUUCCUGGAGACAUUCAGAAGCUCAGUAGGUGCAGGAAUCGUGGUUCCAACUAGUCUAUUUCGCAUGGAGCUCAACUACUGCCACAUACUGAAGAAACAAGAACACGAUCGAGCAAAGUCUGGGUUUUUCCUGACAUUCUCAACAUCAUCUUAAUGCCACCUUUGAUGAAUUCGUAAUCGUUGCUCGCAGUGUCUUGUUCGAAUCUUUUUUCUAAUAUCCAGAAACUUGAGUAUCUAGUUCGUUGUUUGGAACUGAAACUGGGAAAUUUUGACUGUAUGAUGUGCGGAUGGAUGGAUAUUCAAGGAUUCUGUUCUUGGGA